AUUGAUGUUUGGCAAAUGUUUUCACAGUUUUCCUUGUGGCUCGUGGCAGUGGAAGCAGAGCAACAAGCAACUCUUUUACCAAGUGCUAUACAAGGAGGGUGGAGUGGACUUUGAGCGUUCAAAACACUGUCCGUGCCUCCCUGUCCCCUGAUAGAGCCCGGCUGGGGGAUAAAAGCCCCGAGCUGAAGCUGAGAAAUCAGUCUCAACUGAGUACUCGCCAAUAACAAGGGAGAGCAGCAGCUAACCCAUGAUGGGGGACCCAAAGCUCGGCCUUUUGCUGCUCCUCAGCACAUCUGCAUUGGCCUUUGCUCAAGAUCAAGAUCAGCCGGCCUGCUUAUUGGCCGAAAGGUACAAGACCCUCCACAAGUAUGAAUACAUAUAUGAAGCUGAAUCGUUGAAUUCCAUCAACGGAGGCUCACCGCUCAAGAACGGACCCAUGGCCUCUUGCACGGUUGAAAUCGAGGUACCUCAGACCUGUAGUUUCAUCGUCCGCACCACCGGCUGUAUCCUGUAUCAGGUGGUUGACAUGGAAGCAGAGGGAACCCCUGUCUUCGGUCCAGCGCCAAGCUCUGAUGCCUUCGCUGCUGAGAUGGAGAAGUAUCCUCUGAAGGUUGUGGUUAGCGGAGUGUACGAUGUGAAACUGUACCCGGAGGAUGGUGAGACAACAACCAUUUUGAACAUGAAGAGGGGCAUCAUCUCUGCCCUGGCUGUGCCUCUGCUGGAAGAAGACAAGAACAAAAGAAUGCCUACCAUACAUGGCAAGUGCAGGACCUAUUCCACCGUCAACGCUAGAGAGGACAUCGCAACGGACAUCAGCCUCGAGAGGGACCUGUCCACAUGUGACAAAUUUGUCCCAUUGAGAGAUCACACAAGCCCCUUGGCACUCAUCUCUGGCACGCACUACCCUCUGGCCCAGAUGGUCAGAAGCUCCCAGACCUGCAACUACAAGUUUGACAAUGAGGGGAAACACAUGACCUCUGGGUCAUGCACAGAAAACCACAUGGUCAUUCCCUAUUCUCACAAGGGACAAUAUGGAGUUACAAACGUUGGAAAGCAAAAACUGACUUUAGUUGAGGUCUCUCCUCACAACGACAGAGUAUUUUACCACAGUGACAUUGAGAAGGGUCUUCACAUGGACAACGUGGAAGACAAGAGUGCUGUCCAGGAUAAAGAUGCAUGUCUCAACCUCCUGAGAGAACUGGCCACUCUUCCCGACACUGAGGGUGAAAGGCGGGCCCACCUCUUCCACAAGCUUGUCACCAUAGUCCGUGGAAUGAAGGCUGAGACCUUGAGCACCAGCAUCCCAGAGGCUCUUGCUGUGUCCCGUGUCCUGACCUAUCAGGUUCUGGCCCAGUGUGGAACCCCUGAGUGCAGCAGCACCAUCAUGCAGAUCCUCAGGACGUUUGACAGCUCCUCAGCGGAGGUAGAUGCCGGUGUUUUCGCGAUGGGACUGGUGUCCAAUCCCUCCGCCCUCCUGAUCAACGACAUGCUCGAGAUGGUCAAAUACAAGCCCAGCAAGCCCAUUAUGUACGCCCUGAGCAAUAUUGUGAAGAGGUUUUACAAAGCUGAGGGAAAGCUGAUCCCAGAGAUUUACUCUGUCGCUGAGCUUAUGGCUGCCUAUUUGGGCGACUGUUCUGGUCAUAAUGAAAACACUUACUUGACAUUGAGAGUGGUUGGAAACAUGGCUCCAGCUCUGAUAUCUGCUGGUCCUGCACUCACAUCUGCUGUGAUCCAGUGUGUGAACCAACCCGCGGCUUCCCUGGCUGUGCAGCAGGCUGCCAUCCAAGUGUUUAGGCUGACUCCCGUCCCCGAAGAGGGCAGAAAGGUUCUCAUGCAGGUCCUUUUGGACAGCGCCAGCCCAACGCAGAAGCGUAUUGCUGCAUAUCUGGUACUUAUGAAAGACCCCAAGACCACUGAGGUGGCCCAGCUGGCUGAUGCUUUGUCCACUGAGCAGGACACACAAGUCAAGAGCUUUGUGAUCUCACACAUUACCAACAUUUUGUCCUCAACUGAGCCAGAGACCCGAGAAUUGAGACAGAAGAUUCGAGAUGCGCUGCAGAGUAAUGAGGUCGGUCGCACAAUGGACCCCACCAAGUUCUCUCGUAAUUACAAGAUUGGAUCAGUGGAGGGCAACAUGAUCUUUGAGGGUACCAGUUAUCUACCCAAGGAGGUCAUGCUUGAAAUGACUCUGGAGGCAUUUGGCUAUGACAUUGACAUGAUGGAGAUUGGUAUGGAGGGGAAAGGAUUUGAGCCAACCGUUGAUGCCCUGUUUGGAAAGAAUGGCUUCUUCCCCAGUACUGCCCUGAAGACCAUGUACUUUGUUUCUGACAACAUGCCACUCGGGAUCAAUGAGAUCCUGCAGAAAAUGCUCCCCGGUCUGAAGAAGGACAGCAUGAAGAGACAGGGCUCCCAGAACCUGAUCAGGGAGAUCGGACGCAACCUCAACAAGCUGGUAAACGAAUUGAGCAAGGCACAGUCUCCCGAGGCAAUGGUCUAUCUGAGACUUUUGGGAAAUGAGUUGGGAUAUCUGAAGACCAAUGAAAUCCAGGAGAUGGCCUACUCUGCUGCCAGGAUGAUUGACAGCAUGUUCAAAAUGUUCCCAACCGAUAUCAUGAUGGCACUGAUGACCAAGGCUGAUAACACAAUCUUCGCCCACUACAUCUUCAUGGACAAUGAAUUCUUCCUGCCUACUGCCACUGGUGUGCCUCUGAGGAUUACUGUGUCUGGUACUUUCACGCCUGGCCUCAAGGGUGGACUUCAGGUUGCUCGUGACAUGAGUGAAGUGAACUUCAUGCCCUCCGCUGGCAUUGAGUUUGUAUCUGAAAUUGGCUCCUUCAUCCCCGAAUAUGUCAACUCUGGAUUAGAGAUGCACAGCAACUUUUUCCACGAAAGUGGGCUCAAGGCAAAGAUCUCCAUGGAACGUGAUAAUGUGAAGCUGACCAUCCCUGCUCCGACAAAUCCAAUUAAGCUCAUCAAGAUGACAAACACGCUGGUGGGAGUGACUGGAUCAAAAGUAAAGACGAUGCCCCCUAUGGUAAUGGACAAGGUUGAUGUUAGCGAGUGCACUCCUUUCUUUGCUGGAAUGGAAUACUGCACUGCUCUGCAGUACACUGAUGCUUUCUAUCAAGAGACAGCCCCCUACUUUCCCCUCACUGGAGACAGCAAAUUUGCUGUGGAACUCCACCCUAAUGGUGAUGUCACUGAGUACACAGCCACUGUUGCUUAUGAGCUCCUUAAGGAGGGUGAAGAGGGCCGGCAGAAGGUUGACUCUGUGAAGCUUAUUCUGAGAGCUGAAGGUUCACAGCCGACUGAAGCCACAGCAAUCAUGAAGUAUAACAGAAGAAAGAACGUCAUCACUGCCGACAUCCAAAUCCCUGACUACGAUGUGGAGGCUGGACUCCGGUUGGGUGUUGUUGAUGGAAACACCAAGGGAAAGGGAACUCACUCUAUUUCUCUUGACUUCAUUAAUAAGAACAUCCCUCAGCUCUCUCUGGUUGGCCGUGCCAAUCUGAAGGCUAUGAAGGAGGGUAUGCUGCAAGUCCAGCUUCUUGUCCCCUCAAUCAAUGCUGAUGCCACUAUAACAGCCAACAUGAAACGUGAUGAGGAAUUGGAAUUGGAACUUAAGAGUGAAAUUGAGGUCAUGGCCACCAACUCAGUGCAGAAAAUCACAGUGAAAUAUGAUGCCAGCCAUUUGGAGUUUGCAUUUGCGUCUGAGGUGAACACUGACACCACUGGCUUGCCAACUUCUUAUUUGGUUGCGAAGUACGGCAACCCACUUCUUGACACGCGUGUGGGGCAGACUGACAUGAAAGUCAGUCACAUCUUUAAGAAGUUUGUGGAGGCAGCAAACAACUACAUGGAAAUGUAUGGUGCUGAUUUACCUUACAUUCAGAACUUCAGAGUACCUGAUAUGCCUGAGAUUUCCCUGCCAGAUACAUUGUUCCUGAAUAAUGAGGCAAAGGCUGUCUACUAUUUCAACAAUGAGCGCUUCACCAUCGAUAUCCCUCUUUUACUUGGUGGAAAAUCAACCAAAGACCUUAACUUCCCUCCAGUUUUCACCACACCAACCAUGUCUCUACAUGACUUUGGAUUGGAGAUCCCCUCAAUGGAAAUUCCAAUCCCCGAGCUCGUUGUACCCGAGAGCUUUACUUUAUCUAUUCCUCUUUUUGGAAAAGCUGAGGUGUCCACUCUGAUGAAGAGCAACCUAUAUGACAUGGAGGCCUCAAUGGCUGCUGGGAAAGAUGUUGUGGAAACACCGAGCUACUCAGCUAAGUUUGAUGUGACUGGAACCUCCCCACUUGAAAUCCUCUCAAUAAAGAUUGAAGGAUCUGGAAUGUUGGCCACCACUGAUUCCAUCAAGGCUCAAUUGAAAAGCUCUUUGAAACAUACGUUCCUCGAUGCCAUGAUUAGUAUUGUUGAGGAUGUAACUAUUACAGACAAAAUCAAUUUGAAAUCAAGCAGUAAGAUAGAAGCCACAAGCCCAUUGGGUCUAAGUAUUAGCUUAGAGCACAACGGUAUGACUGGAAUCAACACUGAAGACAUUUUUGCUAGUAGCCACUUUGAGGGAUCACUUACGGCUGGACCCAUCUAUGGCAAGACCAGUUCAUUGCAGUCAUUCAACAUCUUCCCUUCCAGGCCAGAAGCAAAUAUUGACUCUACUGUUAAGCUUGACUCCACAAUUGGUCAGGCCCAGAAUACAAUUGCAGUAACUCUAGCCAAUGGUGAAUUCUCAGUUGUGUCUAACACCAAUGCCUUUGAAGACACCCUGACCCAUCUUGCAGAGCUGUCCUUCAAAGACAGCAGGCUCUCACUGAAAUGUGAUGUAAAUGCCCUUGCUCUUGGUAUGAAGAUUCGUAACCAGGCUGAAACACUUGCUGGUGCUGGUGAAGUCCUCAUGAGAAUGGAGACAAAUGCAGACCACUCUGAAAACCGUGUUUACUCUCUGUUGACUGCUUCUCUUGACGUCAGUGGUCUGGCUGUUAAUAGCGUUGCCGCCAUGAAGCUCCUUGAGAAUGAGGCCACUCACAAGGCUACUCUGAAAAUGAACAAGGACGGUUUGACCACAAGUGGAACAACCAUCCUUCAGAGCCCCUUGUCCUUGGAAAACACCUUCAACGCUGGGCUUGAUGCUUCAAUGGCCACUCUGUCCAUUACCAACAAGGCUGCAAUGCGUGAUAUCAAGGUUGAUAAUGCCAACACUCUGACCAUUACUCCCGCUGGCCUUGACUUUAACUCCAAUGCUGAAGCCACCGCCAGUGAGUAUGCCACUUACACUCAUGAUAUCACCGUCAACAUGAAACCCUACACCACCUCUGCAAAUGUUAAAAACAAUCUGAACCUUCUGGCUGCCCAAUUCGUGAAUGAGGCUCAGCUGCAGGCAGAGCUUGGAAAGAUGGACCUGACUGGAAGCCUAAAAGCCAUGUAUGGUGAGGAAGAGAUCAAGCACAUCUAUCAGGUAAAUUAUGCUGAUAUGAUUGGAAAUGCAAAGUGCAGCACCACUGGAAAAGUCUUGGGAACACACAUGAGCCACAAAACCGAGCUUGAGCUUGUCGGUCUUGCUGCCAGUAUCACCAAUGACGCCCGCUUCAACUCCCAGCAAAUGCGCUUUGACCACACCAUCCGGUGCAGCAUUGUCCCUUUCGACUUAAACCUUGAUGCCAUUUUCAAUGCUGAUGGAGACAUGGCCAUGUUUGGAAAGCAUAGUGCCCAGCUUUAUGGCAAGUACAUCCUUAGAGCGCAGCCGCUGGCUUUUGGUACCUCACAUGAAUGCAGAGCAUCAAUUAACCAUCAGCUAGACAGCGGUUUUGUUCUUGAGACCACAUUUGAUAACGAGAUGAAUACUGUUCUGUCACUCCAAGAGCAGAGAACCAGUCUUAGAAUGAAGUCCAAAAUGAAUAAGCAUGCCUUUAAUCAGGACAUGAGUUUUUACAACACAGCUGAAAGAGCUGGAAUAGAGGUUUCUGGUACCAUCCUCACAAACAUGCUUAAUGAAGAAUCCACUGAGAACCAGCCUUUCACCAUCGCUUCCUUCCUCAGGUAUGACAAGAACACAGAGAGUCAAAUUAUUCAUUUCCCACUGAUUGAAUAUCUGCCUGCAUUCUUGGAAACCAUUAAGGGUGUUGCAGUGCAUGUUGCAGAGGUAUUGCAAGAGUACAUCCACACUGAGGAGAUAAGGGCUAGACUAAAAGCUCUUCCCCAGCGUGUAAGCGACUUUGUUUCUGCCCUGAAUAUUGAAGGAAAGGUUGUUCAGCUGAAGGAGUAUUUCAGUGAUCUUUCCCAAGAUUACGUCAUCUCCAUGGAGGAUGUGGAAACAUCAUUGACAAACCUGAAGGUUACUGUUAAAAGCCUGAGGGCUGAUUUUAGUUUUUACGUCCAACACUUUGCUGGUAUGGUGAAAGACAUUAUUGUUAGAGUCACCCUGCCAGAAACCCUCAUUCAGAAGAUCCAGGAACAUCUGGAUGCCAUUAAUGAGCAGUAUGAGAUCAAGGCUAUGGUUGUUUAUAUUAUUGAUAUUGUGACGGAGGUUAUGGACCAGAUUCAAUUGGAAGAACUGUAUAGCAUCAGCCUUGAAUUCCUCCGUGAUAUUGAUUACAAAUAUGAUUUCGUGGCCAGCCUUAAAAGGAUUAUGAGUGAAAUGAAACACAUGAUUGAGACCUAUGACAUGCAGGACUUGAAAAUGAAAAACUUUAUUUCGUCCAUCUUGCAACAGAUUUUGAGAGAUUUUGAGAGAUUGAGCCAUAUUCCCACAGAGACUUUCAGCAUUAUAAUUGAUGAGAUUAGGGAAAUGAUUCUGGAGCUUGACGUCGUAGAAAAAAUCAACACAUUCUAUGCCAAGAUGAGGGAGUUGAUUGUAAAGUUUGAGGUCGACAAAAAUGUCCAGGCUGUCUUGGAAGGGGCUUUUGAGCUCAUCAAGCAGUUCAGAAUUGAGAAAUUUAUCAGGGAUGUGCUAAACAUGAUUAAAGAUUUAUACAUCGGAUCAGAGUUUAUAGGAGACUAUGCUAUUAACUAUUGGAAAAACACUGAGGUUGAGGAUGCAAUUCAACAGUUCAAUGGGUGCAUUGAAGCUAUUGCACAAUAUGUAAGGACUUUGGAUUAUAAUACAUUUGUGGGUAAUGCUAAUGAAAUGAUUCCUUUUUACACACGUUUUGUAAGUGAUUUGACUAGGACUUUUGAAAUCCCCCAGAAACUCGAGGCAACAAGAGCUUUUGUCAAUCUUGUAUUGUCUUCUGUCAGAGGCUUAAUUGAAAACUUAAGAGAAAUUAAAGCUGCCGAAAUGGUUAAAUUGGUAAAGGACAUCAUUGACCGUGUCGUAGUUGACAGUGUUAAGAGACUUGCUGGAUAUAUAAAAGAACAAGUUGUAAAUCUUGAUGUCAAAGCAGAGAUUACCUCUUAUCUGAACUUUGUGGCAGAAUACUAUACUAGUGUGAUCGCUGUGGUAGAGGAGAUCGUCAUCGAUAUAUUUGAGGAGAUUACGGAUGAGAUAACUGAGCAAAAAAUAAUCGGAGAGAUUCAGCAGAUCAUUGAAGGUCUGAUUGUUGAACUGAAGAAAGCUGAGUUGAAUACACCAUCCUUUAUCAUGCCUCUCACUGACCUCGUUGUGCCCUCGGUGAAGUUCAGCAUGGAUCACCUUAAGCAGUUUGAAAUCCCAACUCAGCUGGACAUUCCUGAGUUCACCAUUGUUAACUUCUAUACUGUGGAAGGCAUGACAAUUUCUUUUGAUGACAUCAAGCAGAGAAUCAUUGAACUUUUAGAUUUCAUUGUUAACUUUGAGAUCCAAAUGCCUGAUGUGGAUGCUUUCUUUGGAGAUCUCACAAUGAACUAUCUACCUUUCAUGCCCGAGAUGACGUUGCCAGAGAUUAGCCUUGAUAGGAUCGUAUUCCCGACCAUCCCACGAGUUCCAGUAGAAAAGCUUGUUAAAUCCCUUCAGCUUCCUGAGUUCACAUUGCCAACCAUUCCAACUCAGAUCACGGCCCCAUGCUUUGGUAAACUUUAUGGUGAGAUUAAAUUCCAAACUCCCAUCUACAAUAUCAAGACCUCCGCGGAGUUCCAGAACUCCACUGAAGAUAAAACUAAACCUCAAUUCAGUGGAUUCAUUACUUCCCAGGCAACAUCUCCAAGUUUUGAAAUUCUUAAUUACAAGCUUGACUCCACUGCUCUUAUUGCAAUCCCCAAAAUGAAUCGUGUUGUCCUUUCUGAGACUUUCAAGUUCAACCAUGCUGCUCUUGGUGUCGAACAUCAAGCAUCUUUAACUCUCUAUGGUCUAUCGGCCCAGGCCCAAGGCAAAACAACGAUUAAGGUUAUCACGGCACCUUACACCGCUGACUUAAGAAACAUAGCCUUUUUUGCAAUGGAAAGGGGAAUGUCUGCCUCCCUUGAUACAACUUAUAAUCAUGUAGUGGACCUUCCAGUUGUCAAUAUCAGGAGUGAGGCUACUGUAACCCAGAAAGCAAUUGCUCUCCAAAAUGCAGACACUCUCUCUCUAGGAGUUGAUAAUUCAGGCACUGCCAAAGUCAAUGAUGAGGAAGGCAUUCACAAGAGCAUCUUGCAAUUGUCACUCAAUCCCAGCAUUUCCACGCUAGCUUUCUCAGGUGACACAGACUCAACCAUAUUAAAGAUGAAACAGCAAAUUACUGCUGAAUCUGGCUCCCUUUACUACUUGAAGUUCAAUAUGCGCAAUGAGGCAGAGGGCCCUGUCAUUAAGAACAGUCUUGUCGUGGCAUCUGGACAUGCCAACCUUUAUGAUAUAACGGCAGAGCUGAAAGCAAACCAUCACACAGAACUGUUUGGUUCAGUCACUGGAGUCCUGUCCAACGGAAUCAAUAUUAUGGUUCGUCCUGUUGAGUUUGUCUUUGAAUUUGAAAACAAAGGAAAUACCAAGGUCAACAUUUUUGAAAAACUGAUUGCCAAGAUAGAUUUGCAGAAUGAUUACUCUGCCACCUUCAAACCUGACAGCCAAAGGAUGAACACUGUACUUCUGUCUCGCCUUAAUCAGUACAAAAUGUUCUACAACUUCACCGUUGACAAUAAUGAAAAAGAGGCUGGCAUCUUUGUUGCCAUUGAAGAUGAGGCCAACCUUGACUUCCUGACAUCACCCAUCAGUCUUCCUGAGGUAGACUUGCCUUUUAUUGACUUCAAAAGUCCAGCUAUCAGUGAUCUGAACGUGUAUGAGCAGACUGGAUUGAAGAACAUUUUGACCACCACUGAGCAGUCUGUGGCCGUGGAUGCCAAAAUAGUUUACCAGAAGAGCCCGGGUGCCGCCGUUGUUGAUAUGAUGGGUCUGAUCCAGAUUCCCUCCCUGGGUAAUCUGUUGAGUGAGCUGUCCUUCAAGUCUGCCAUAAUUAAUCUGAAUGUCAAUGCGGGACUGUAUGCUGAGGAUGAUCUUGUGUUCCGUCUGGGAGCUAUCACAGCCUCUGUCUUUGAGGGUCUAAGAGCCAAACUUGAUGGCACCGCCAGUCUGACCACCAGAAGGGGAUUUAAAUUGGCCAAUUCCCUGUCCCUUGAAAAUCCUCACAUUCAAGGGACUCAUGACAGCGCCGUUAGUAUGAGUGCUGAGACUUUUCAAACUGCGAUAUCCGUGGCUACUGUUGGAAAGAUUGUCCUGCCUAUACUCAGCCUAGAGGCAAACCAAAAUUUGGUUGCAGACAACAAAGACAAAGCAAAUGCCGUCUCCACCAUGACGAUGAAGGGAAACUUAGACAUCCCUGUGAUCGAAGCAGUUGGAAAGGCCGAGGCUGACCACAGUCUGAAGCUGGAGGGAUGCUUUGAGUAUGUUUCCAUGGAGUCAUCUACAAAGGCCAAGAUGGGUGGUACAAUGCUUGACAAUUAUCUACUUUUGGGAGUCCUGGAUGAUGAAAUGACUCUGUAUUUCAACAAAGAUGGCCUACGCUCCACCUCCAAGGUGAUUGCUGAUGUCAAGCUUAACGAAGGCACCACCAAAGUUAUUGGCAUGGAUUUAAAUGAGAAUGUUGCUGUAGAAGCCUCCCUUAACCGUGUAUAUGCACUGCUUAAAUAUAAUGGCCACAACGAGGCAAACUUAUUUGAUUUCCACACCAACGGAGAACAGAUUGUCCAGGCCACAAUUGAUUUGUCCCCACCCUCUUCCAUGACUGCUGACAUUGAGAUUAAUCUAUCUCAGCCAAGCAGCUUGGGUGACUUAAGCGUGUUUGAGAAAACUGUUGCUGAGGUGACAGCCCUGAAGCAGAAGAUCUCUUACAAUUGCAAGUUUAUCAGCCCUCUGUACAGCACAGACAUAGCAACAGAAGUAGAGUGUGGUACUCCCGCCUUCAAAGUCACCUUACAGUCUUCUGCCACCUCUGUCAUGGUGCUCUUUGAAUAUGACAUGGAUGCUUCUACAACUGUAAAUGUUGAGAAUGAAGCUCUGAACGUGGACAGCAAGGUUGUCCUGAGACACGCUGACAUCACCAUAGAUGCCACUCAUGUCAUUACCCAAGUCUUGAGAAGAAAGCGCCAGGCUGACGCUAGUCACUCUCGCCACACCCUGAACGUAGACAUCACCAGUCCUACUUUCACUGAUGCAAACCUUCGUUAUGCUGCUGGCAGAGAAGGUAUCACAGCCUCAGCAUCUACCCCAUCAACUGGCUUCCUUGGCUUUCAGUUCAAUGGCAGAGUCCCAUCUCAGAUGACAGCAAGAGUCUAUGGGCGUUAUCCUUCUGCCCCAGAGAUUGACGUUGACAUGUUGGUCAUCAAAUCAUCUUCCAAAGAUGCCUCUAAAAUGAACCUGCACAUUGCAUACAAUAUGGAGGCACCCAAAGUAAUGCUCAAUGAACUCAAGAUGAGACUACCUUCCAUCGUCUCAACAAUCACAAACGUUGCUGACAAGUACCAGAUCACAAUCAAAAUAGAAGAGUUGACGAACCCUGUUGUUAACCUCAUCAGAGAGGCCUAUGAUGCUGCAAUCAACUAUGAUAGUCAAAUGAGCCAGCUGUCAAUCUUCUUCAGGAACACCAUUGUCCAGUACCAUCAGUCCUUACAGGUAUUUUUGGAUGCUGUUGUCAAGGUGUUGAGGGAAACCCAGUUCAAACUGCCUGGUUCUGAUGAGAUGACCACUCUCCCUGUUGUCCUUAAAAAGCUGACCAGCAGCAUUGCUGCUUUCAUAGAUAUGACCAUCCAGACUAUCUCGUCCAACAUGGAGGUCUACUACAACGCUUUUGUUGAGCAGAUGGGCAGUGUGAAAUUGCGCAUGCCAGUUGGUGAUGCAAUGACUGGAGGCCAGGUUUUGGAUGGAGUAAAAUCAGCUCUCAAGGACAUAUUUGAUGAACGGUUUGCCUUAGUGAAAAAUAUGGAGAGUCUUGACAGAAUGAUAGUGAAUAUGGGUAAAACCCUAAAAGAUAUUGUUGAGAAUUCACAGGAGUUUGUUGACUCUGUCAACUCUGACUAUUUAGAAGCAGUGCUCAUUAAUAUCAACGUCAUCCACCGCAACCUUGUCACAGUCGUAAAGAAUAUUGUUGAUCGGAUCUCUGCCCUAAAUAUGGAGCAAAUCAGCAGUUCAUUUGAGUACAUUAUUGACACAUUCAUCUACUUAGUGUACCAGUUCAAUAACACUGUUAAUGGUUUCUUGCAGCAAGCUUCAGAGGAGGCUCAAACCUAUAUGAAAGUUAGUGACGGAAGGCUUGAGAUUGAACUUCCACUUUCAUUCAUGCAGUGAGAACUACUCAUAGGCUAAGGCCAAAGUAAAUAGGAAAUACUACCAUCUUAAAACACAUACUUGCAAGAAGUAUCGGCGAUUUUCUCUAUAACCAUAUUUAUAACAAGAAGUUUGAUGGUUUAUUGUGUACAAACAAUGUAACAUUCUACUAAAACUCACCUUCCUACAGAGAGUGAAAACCCUGAAUAAAAUGUAUUAAUGCAAAAUGAAAA